AGCAACCAAAAAAAAUGAGUGGGAGGUUACAGAACCAAUUUGAUUUAGUAAUACAAUAGAAAUUGAUUGUGUGGGGUAUUAAUAAGACAUAAGAGUUUUGAGAGUGAAAAUUGCACUUCUUCACUCAAGAGACGUAAAUUGGACUGAUUCAAAAAUAUUUCAGAUAAAAACAUCACGUCAGUUAGUAUUCUCUCAUUCACGUACCUUAGGGCAUGUACAACGGGUCGUCGGUAUUUUUAUAGAAAAACCCCCGUUGAGCUCUGAAGAUGGGCCUUCCGUCGUCUCGCGAAGGGACGGAGUCGUCCCGUGCACCGAUGCAGAGGAGACCAGCCAAGCAGCGUUGUAGGAGUCGUCCCCUUGUCUCGACGGCGCGUAGAUCCGGGGCGCUCGCACGCAUGCGUGAAGUUUUGGCGCGCGCGGGAGGGAGCCGUCCCGCCAAAUCCGUCUCUACCUCAUCUUAUUUCACCGGUGAAGCAGGCACUGCGCUGCAGCUUUCUUCCUCAAUCGAGAGCUCCAACCUUUGGCGGCUGCGAUGUUGAGUGCCUCAGCAAGGAAGAGCACGCUAGCAUCUGCAAACAAGAAGAGCAAGGGUGCCCCGGCUACUGCGUCAGCGGCAAUGGCGGCGGCGGCGGCCUGCAACCUCAGUCAGGGUGGAGGCUCGUCGUUGGGCGCGGAUGUCGCGGGCCGAACCCUAGGUCGCGGAAGCGGAACAACAGCGAUGGCGCCGAGGUACCCCAUCUCCCGUUCCCUCAGCAACAGCACAACGAUGCCUCCUAUCUCCAUUGGUACAUCUGGUGGAGGUGCCUUCCCCGGCGCUGUGACGGCUCCAUCGUCUUCGAACAGUGGGUUACUGGGUUUCCAUUCCCCACUUCACCAUCUACUGCUUGGUGGGAUCCGGCCAACGUUGAUCCAGCUUCUCCUUCGUUUAUGCGCUCAGCAGCUUGGGAUCCAUCUUGUGAAAUUUCUAGCUGGAUCAACUGUGGAAGAUUUUCUAGCUGAGGAUGAAAUCGUAGAAGAAUUCAUAAGGGAGAUUCGAGAUGAAUUGAAGGCCGACAUCGAUGGAGAAUCAUCAACUAUACCUCGCCGUCGACAGAGUGGACCAAGGAGGUACAUACCAAGAAAUCGAGAAAAAGGUCACGAUGAUCUUGUUGCUAAUUAUUUUUCUGCAAAUCCUAUCUAUACCGAUGAGAUGUUCCGUAGAAGAUUUAGGAUGACUAGGCCAUUAUUCCUACGCAUCGUCGAUAGUCUUAGGGGGUGGUCUCCUUAUUUUACCCAAAGAUUCGAUGCAACCGGUAGGGAUUCUCUUUCACCACUUCAAAAGUGUACUGCCGCUAUUAGGAUGCUAGCUUACGGCUCCUCGGCUGAUCAACUUGAUGAAGUAUUGAAAAUUGCUGCAAGCACUUGUUUGGAGAUUUUGGAAAAAUUUGCUGAAGGAGUUAUUGAAUGUUUUGGUGAAGAGUAUUUACGUCCUCCAAGAAGUGAUGAAAUGGAGAAAAUCUUACAAGAAAACGAGGCUCGUGGUUUUCCUGGAAUGUUAGGUAGCAUCGAUUGUAUGCAUUGGGCAUGGAAGAAUUGCCCGAAAGGUUGGGCUGGCAUGUUCACUCGUGGUGAUAAAGGCAUUCCUACUAUGAUUCUAGAAGCAGUGGCAACCCAUGAUCUUCGUAUAUGGCAUGCUUUCUUUGGUACGGCCGGGUCUCAGAACGACAUUAACGUCCUAAACAAGUCUCCACUGUUCAUUCAGGCUAUAAAAGGGGAAGCUCCGAUAGUACAAUAUUAUGUAAAUGGGACACAAUAUGAUAUGAGUUACUAUCUUGCUGAUAAGAUAUAUCCUGAAUGGGCGGUAUUUGUGAAGACAGUAACGGCCCCUCAGUCGGCUGAAAACAAAUUAUUUGCAUUGAAGCAAGAAGGGGCAAGGAAAGAUAUCGAGUGCGCAUUUGGUGUACUGCAGUCACGCUUUGAUAUUGUUCGACGACCUGCAAAAUUGUGGAAGCAGGCAGACGUUAUCAACAUAAUGCAGACUUGUGUUAUCCUUCACAAUAUGAUAGUGGAAGAUGAGAAGGAAUAAGUUAGAGUUGCUUUAGAUUUGAAUGAGAAUCCGAGUGCGACGAUAGUGCUCCCACCUAAAGUACAUACAAGCGACAACCCUAAUCCAUGCUUCACAGAGGUGCUUCGUAGGAAUUCCGCUAUCAAAGCUCGGGGACACACAAGAAACUCAAGAAUGAUCUAAUCGAACACAUAUAGCAACGCUACGGAAACAAAGAAAAUUAGACAGUACAUUGCAAUUAUAUA